GGUCACUGUGAAUUGACAAACUUUGGAUCAGUUAGGCUUUCCACUAACUGGCAGCAGCUGCAACAACAUGAGGAAAUACCGUCCCAAUCCUCCCAAAGACGCGCCCAUUAUAACUGAUCAGGAUCCUCCUGUGGUUGAUGCCGGUGAUGAGAAUCCUGAGCGUGGUAACUGGGCCAACAAGACAGAAUACAUACUCUCUUUGACAGGUUACACUAUUGGUCUGGGAAAUAUAUGGAGAUUUCCAUAUUUGGCCUAUAAGAAUGGCGGGGGUGCCUUUGUUAUUGCCUAUUUGACUAUGUUGGUUUUGUUCGGGAUUCCUUUUUACUUCCUGGAGAGUGCCAUCGGUCAGUUCUCCAGUCAAGGCAUAAUCAACGUAUGGAGAGCGGUGCCACUACUUCAGGGUGUCGGCGUUGGAAUAGUCUUUGAAAGCACCCUGGUGUUAAUAUACUACAACGUCAUCGUGUCCUAUGGCUUGUUCUACCUGUUCGCCUCCUUCCAAUCUCCUUUGCCAUGGUUCAAGAGCCUCAGUUGGGGGGACAGAAACUGCAGCGACACGCCUUUAGUAUAUUACAAUUCAAGUGGUGCUUUAGUGGCCAACUGGACUCAGGACAACUUAACUUGCACUUCAUCCGACAAGAUAAAAGUUCGAGUGCAGAGCCCCAGUGAGCAGUACUGGGAUGCUGUGGCUCUACAGAGAUCCAGUAGUAUUGAGGAGACAGGUCCAAUAGUUUGGCACUUGGCUCUCUGUUUGCUGGUGAGCUCCAUCCUUGUUGGUGCAGUGCUCAUCAAAGGAAUCAAGUCAGCAGGAAAAGUGAUGUAUUUCACCACUUUGUUCCCGUAUGCGGCGCUUGUGAUCCUGCUGAUCAGGGGCGUGACACUUGAGGGAGCCAGAGAUGGGAUAGAGUUCUACAUUGGUGCUAAAUCCAACCUCACUAAAUUGACAGAAGCGGAGGUCUGGAAGGACGCUGCAACUCAGACUACGUUUUCGCUCUCAAUUGCUGGAGGAGGACUUGUGACUCUUGCUUCUUAUGGCAAGUUCCACAACAACGUGUUCAUGGACUCAGUGACCAUUAGCAUCAUCAGCUAUGCAACAAGUAUUUUAGCAGGCUUUGCCAGCUUUUCCAUUGUGGGUCACAUGUCCUACAUCUACCAGGUUCCUAUUGGAGAAGUAGUGAAAGAUGGAUUCGGCCUGGCAUUCAUUGCAUACGCAGAAGCCCUGACAAAGCUUCCCAUUUCCACCCUUUGGUCAAUCCUCUUCUUUUUCAUGAUAUUCAUUGUUGGCCUCGACUCUCAGUUCACAGGUUUAGAAGUGAUCUCCACCAUCUUCAUGGAUGCCUUCCCUAAAGCCAAACGGGCCUAUAUAAGUGUUGGAUGUUCCUGUAUCGGCUUCUUAUUAGCCUUGCCAUUGGUCACAAAGGCAGGAAUAUACUGGGUAACUCUAAUGGAUGCGUUCCUUCCAACCUGGGUACUGAUUAUUUUUGCUCUGAUGGAGAUCAUUGGCUUCUGCUACAUAUAUGAUGUGAACCGAUUAAUUGAGGACAUUGAAAUGAUGCUCGGGAAAAAGAGCUUCUGGUUCUGGCUGUCGUGGCGAGCAUGUUGGCUUUUUAUCAGCCCCUGUAUCCUGUUGGCCAUCCUGGUGUGGUCUCUGAAGUCAUUUAAGCCCCCCAGCUAUGGAGGGGUAAAGCUACCAGCUUGGGCAGUAGCUCUGGGCUGGUGCGCAUCUGCUCUCCCACUCAUAUGGAUCCCCAUCAUUGCUGUUUAUAAGAUGAGCAGAGCAGAAGGAAACCUUUGGAAGCGCCUGAAGUCACUGUGCUCCCCUGCGGAAGAAUGGCAUCCUUUUCUGGACAUGCAUCGAGGAGAGCGCUACUCAGAGGAACGCUGCCGAAAAAGAGGAGAAAAAGAAAACGUGUAGUUCAUGCAAAAGUAAAUAUUGCAUAUCUAAAAAUGUAACAAUAUUUAUGUUACUUGAACUUGACUUGCAGCGCCACUUAGUGGGGGAAAUAAAGGCUUUAUCCAACCAUUUAUUUUAAAAUAA